UUUGUCUGUUCACACUGCUUCUGGUUUCUUCUCCUUUGCUAUUCCCCAUAUAAAAACACAAACUUUUUCUACCCCUUUUUGUUCACUCCGUGUGUGUUAUUCUUCUUUUUAAUAAAAAAUAUCUUCCAUUAUUAUUAGGGUUUGAAAUGUGGAGGGAGAAUGGAACCCUCUGAAUCCGAUUCAGCUGUAGUUUCUAAUGGCAAGGACCCAGAAUUGGGUUCUGAGUGGGCACCUUCUUCCCCUGUUGCCCAUCAUCCUCAACCGUCAGAUCUCAAUCACGUGGCUGAGGAAGACCCACUUGGUGAGGAACUUCAGAACAAGUUGGAUUUGAAGGGUGGGGGUGAUGGAGGAGAGCAAGUUUUGGACUUUAACGAUGGUGGAGGAAUUUGUGAUGAAGAAUCUGUUAAGGGUGAUGAUGGGGGAGGAGUUUGUGAUGAAGAAUCUGAUAAGGGUGAAAGGUGUGAUGGAGAUAGCAAGGGUUGGGAGACCAAUAGUUGGGAUGAGAAUGUGAAUCAUGAGGUAGGUUGGGAUGAUGUUGAUGGUGAUGGAGUGGAGAAGAAUGAAGAUGAAAGCAGAGAUGGAACUCAGCAUCACUACCCUUUGAGGCCUGAUGCUGAAGAUUGUGCAUUCUAUAUGAAAACUGGGACUUGCAAGUUUGGAUUCAAUUGCAAAUUUAAUCAUCCCAUUAGGAGGAAAAACCAGGUAUUUCUUCUGUCUAAGGCAGGAGAGAGAGAAGAACUAGCAGAAAGAUCGGGUCAGACUGAAUGCAAGUAUUAUCUAAGUUCUGGGGGUUGUAAGUUUGGAAAAGCUUGUAAAUAUAACCACACAAGAGGAAUAUUCUCAACAAUGCCAAGUUUAGAACUUAACUUCCUUGGCCUGCCCAUUCGUCUGGGAGAGAAAGAGUGCCCCUAUUACAUGCGCACUGGCUCCUGUAAGUUUGGAGCCAACUGCAAAUUUAAUCAUCCUGACCCUACAGCUGUUGGAGGAUGUGAUCCUUCUUCAGGGUAUGGUAAUGGAGGGUCUAUUUCAUUACAAGGUGCCUGGUCUUCUCCAAGAACAUUAAAUGAAACAUCUCCUUUUGUGCCAAUGAUGCUUUCACCUACUCGAGGAGUUUCUCCCAAAAGUGCUGAUUGGAAUGGAUAUCAGGCACCUGUCUACCUAUCUGAGAGUAGCAUGCAUCCACCUUCUACAUAUGUCAUGAACAACCCAGCACUUGAAACAAAUAUUUAUGUGCACCGUCAGAAGCAGAUGGCAGUUGAAGAGUUUCCGGAAAGGCCGGGGGAACCUGAAUGCAGCUACUUCUUAAAAACUGGGGACUGCAAGUUUAAAUCUAAUUGUAAAUUCCACCAUCCCAAGAAUCAGGUUGCAAAAUUACCUCCAUGCAACCUCAGUGACAAGGGUCUGCCUUUGAGACCGGACCAGAACGUCUGCUCACAUUACAGUCGCUAUGGAAUUUGCAAAUUUGGACCAGCUUGUAAGUUUGACCACCCGAUAGGCUCACCGCCCUUAAUGAUGCCUGAACUUGGUCAGCAAUCCUACACAAACUCAGCUAGUAUUGAGGUUGCUCGGAUGGGUGGAAGUGUAGCUGCAAGUGAUGCAUCAAUUCAGCAAUCUGUCUGAACAUCUUUGUCAUGGAUCUUCUACCUUUGAGGAUGCAUAUCACCCAGAAAUUGUUGCUUUCUUCUUAAACAUGAUAAAUUUAUUUAACUUUUUCUGGCUCUGCUCAAUGCCACACAAGCUUUGCAGAUAAUAGCAAUAUAUAAUAACAUAUGCAUCUGUAGGUUAUCUUUUGUUUCUGGUCUGUUUUCUCUCACUUGGUCAAGUGUUGGAUUAUAGUUGGGCUGGUUUGAAAUGGUGGUGAAUGUGGAUUUUCUUGUUUUACAGUUGCCAAUGGAGUUAUGAACCUUGGUAUGUCAAAAUUGACAACUAUUCAAUACAAUCUGAUGGGAGAAAUAAUUGAUAAACGAAACCAUCCCGU